GCUGGCGGGAGGGCGAUGCCGGGUGCCGGGGCCCGGGCUGAGGAGGGCGGCGGCGGCGGCGGCGGCGGCGAGGGCGCGGCUGGGCCAGCGCGGCUGUGCGGCUACUUGCAGAAGCUGUCGGGCAAGGGCCCGCUCCGCGGCUACCGCAGCCGCUGGUUCGUGUUCGACGCGCGUCGCUGCCACCUCUACUACUUCAAGAGCCCGCAGGACGCGCUGCCGUUGGGCCGCCUGGACAUCGCCGACGCCUGCUUCUGCUACCCGGGCGCGGACGAAUCCGCGGAAACUGGCGCCGAGCUGCCCGCGCACUUCCAGGUGCACAGCGCGGGCGCCGUCGCUGUGCUUAAGGCUCCUAAUCGUCAGCUCAUGACUUACUGGUUGCAGGAGCUGCAGCAGAAGAGAUGGGAAUAUUGCAACAGCCUGGACAUGGUAAAGUGGAACAGCAGGACGUCCCCCACCCCUGGGGAGUUCCCUAAGGGCCUUGUAGCCAGAAGUAAUACAGAUGUCAUUUAUCCACACCCAAAUACUUCUGCAGAAAAAGCCAGAAAUGUUCUAGCCAUAGAAACUGUUCCUGGAGAGCUGGUGGGAGAACAAGCUGCAAACCAGCCGGCCCCAGGACACCAGAAUCCCAUUAACUUCUAUUCUCUGAGACAGUGGGGCAGUGAGCUUAAGAAUUCAAUGUCAUCAUUCCGUCCUGGGAGAGGGCAUAAUGAUAGUCGGAAGACUGUGUUUUAUACCAAUGAAGAGUGGGAACUUGUAGAUCCACCUCCAAAGGAUCUGGAGGAGUCUGUGGUACAGGAGGAAAGGAAGAAGCAGAUACCCGAGGGAAGCAAAGGAGUAUCUGGCUCGGGAUUCUCCUUUGAUUUUGGACGUAACCCCUACAAAGGGAAGCGCCCUUUGAAAGACAUCAUUGGGUCAUACAAGAAUCGGCACAGCAGUGGAGACCCUUCCAGCGAGGGGAUGUUGGCCACUGGCAGUGUCAGGCUGGCCUCCGAGAUGCAGCUGCAGGUUCAGAGCCAGCAGGAGGAGCUGGAGCGGCUGAAGAAAGACCUGACUAGCCAGAAGGAGCUGGUCCGGCUGCUACAGCAGACAGUCCGGUCUUCCCAGUAUGACAAGUAUUUCACAAGUGGCCGAUUCUGCGAAGGGGUUCCCGGAGCUACGCUGGAGCUGCUCCACCAAAAGGACGAUCAGAUUCUGGGCCUCAGCAGCCAGCUGGAGCGGCUGAGCCUGGAGAAGGAGAGUCUGCAGCAGGAAGUGAGGACCCUGAAGAACACGGUGGGCGAGCUCGAUGAGCGGCUGGGGAUGCUGAUGGAGACCAUCCAGGCCAAGGAUGAGGUCAUCAUCAAGCUCAGCGAGGGCGAGGGCAAUGUGUCUUCCCCCUCCUUGGUGCCGGGCUCCAACUUGGUCGCCCCAGCCAGCAGGGACCAGCUGGAGCUGGACAGGCUGAAAGAUAAUCUACAAGGGUACAAGGCCCAAAAUAAAUUUCUAAAUAAGGAGAUUUUGGAACUCUCAGCUCUACGAAGAAAUGCGGAAAGGAGAGAGAGAGAUCUGAUGGCCAAGUAUUCCAGCCUGGAAGCCAAGCUCUGCCAGAUAGAAAGCAAGUACCUGAUACUGCUUCAAGAAAUGAAGACACCAGUGUGUUCAGAAGAGCAGGGGCCCACCCGGGAAGUGAUUGCCCAACUGCUGGAGGAUGCGCUGCAGGUUGAGAGUCAGGAACAACAAGAGCAAGCCUUUGUGAAGCCUCAUCUUGUCAGUGAGUAUGAUAUCUAUGGGUUCAGGACUGUGCCUGAUGACGAUGAGGAGGAGAAGUUGGUCGCUAAGGUCCGUGCCUUGGACCUGAAGACUCUGUACCUCACAGAGAACCAGGAAGUUUCCACUGGGGUCAAGUGGGAAAACUACUUUGCCAGCACAGUGAACAGGGAGAUGGUGUGCUCUCCAGAACUGAAGACCCUCAUCCGCUCAGGCAUUCCCCAUGAGCACCGCUCCAAGGUGUGGAAGUGGUGCGUGGACUUCCACACAAGGAAGUUCAAGGAUGGUGCAGAGCCAGGCUAUUUCCAAGCCUUGCUGCAGAAGGCCCUGGAGAAGCAGAACCCAGCCUCCAAGCAGAUUGAGCUGGACUUGCUUCGGACACUGCCCAACAACAAGCACUACUCCUGCCCCACCUCAGAGGGUAUCCAGAAGCUGCGCAAUGUCCUUCUUGCCUUCUCCUGGCGGAACCCGGAUAUUGGCUACUGCCAAGGGCUGAACAGGUUGGUGGCAGUGGCCCUCCUAUACCUGGAACAAGAAGAUGCUUUCUGGUGUCUGGUUACCAUUGUGGAAGUUUUCAUGCCUCGAGACUAUUACACAAAGACUCUUUUAGGAUCCCAGGUGGACCAGAGGGUGUUCAGAGACCUCAUGAAUGAGAAGCUGCCUCGAUUGCAUGCCCACUUUGAACAGUACAAAGUUGACUACACUCUCAUCACAUUCAACUGGUUCCUGGUGGUGUUUGUGGACAGCGUGGUUAGCGACAUUCUCUUUAAGAUAUGGGACUCUUUCCUGUAUGAGGGACCAAAGGUUAUUUUCCGUUUUGCCCUCGCAGUUUUUAAAUACAAGGAAGAGGAGAUCCUGAAAUUGCAGGACUCAAUGUCUAUAUUUAAGUAUCUCCGCUACUUCACUCGCACUAUUCUUGAUGCUCGGAAGUUGAUCAAUAUCUCCUUUGUGGACCUGAACCCCUUCCCCCUGCGCCAGAUCCGGAACCGACGUGCCUAUCACCUGGAGAAGGUGCGGCAGGAGCUGACUGAGCUGGAGGCCAUCCGUGAGGACUUUCUGCGUGAGCGGGAGCCUGGCCCUGACAAGGGUGGGCUGGUCAGCGAUGAGGAGGAGGACGCCUGAGUGACGCCUGUCCCAGACACUGCUCUUUGCUCUGGUAACCAAAGUGUGUCCAAGGGAACUGCAGGGUCCCUGCUCAUUUAAUGCCCAGGUGCAAAAUCUAUGGCUUCUGGGACUCUGCGGGGCAGAUGUCCAGAGCCAGACUGCACUUUCUCAUUUCCCACUUGGGGCUGAAGAGGGGUCUGCUCUGUUUACAGCCAGUGCCAUGCUGUAGCAUUUGGUCACCUGUGUCGCAGCCCUGCUUUCUGCCUGAUUGGGGAAUCACUGUGCCCUUAUCAGCUGGUUGUCUCCAAGAGCCUGUUUACAGAUUCUGCCAGCUGGGCUGGUCUUCACCCCGUGAAAACCAGUCUUGCUGGGCACUUCCCAUGUUGUUAUUCCUCUUGUACACAGUGAACAGCUGUGUGUGUAUCUUAAAGGGCAGCACUUGGAGGAUGCACCAGGGCUUCAGAGUGUAGGUGUUUCCAUGGGGUGAGGCCAAUGUGCACAGAGGGGUAUCCUUAAAAAGCAAGCACACCUUGUUCUGGAGCCGCCUCCGCUGAAAGCCCAGGAGCCUUCCUCUGCCCUGCCAUGCACAGCCAUUCACUAUUGGUUCCCCCUCCAUGUGGGGCACCUGGUCCUGCACCAGCCCCACGUGUGUUUGCAGGUUGCUGAUGGUUUCACCCCAGCCUGCCCUGUGCCUAGCAUCUCUCUGGAAGUGUCUGUGGUAGUGACUUAUGGAAGCCAUUCUCCAUGUAUGGCUGAGGUAGGAUUCCAGGUGAACUGCCUGCCCUGAGUGAGGGUGCAGAAGCAGCUUCAGGGUUGCUUUGCAGGUAGCUGCACAGCUGCUGGGCAAGGUCUGCACAGCAGUGACCACAGGUCCUAGGGUGGCCAAUGCUCCAGUGUCUUCCUGCACCGGAGUUGGCAGUAUCUUUGCUGAGACCAGGGUUCAUGGGAGCUCUCAUCCAGCUCCGUGCUGGCUGCCAGACAGCCUUGUCCUAGAAGAUGUGGGGUCCAUGUGGCCUCUGACGUGGCAGGCUGCCAGGCAGGUCCUGGCUAUUUUUGUUGAACCCCUUGGGACCAUCCCUGAGGUGUGGGUGCUCUGAGUAAAUGUUUUCUGGCACAGUGUUACUCAACACAAGAGAAACAGUCUUACAUGGAGCAUUUUACACUACCUGGAAAAAAUUGGAAUGCUCUCUAGUUAAUAUAAACACAUUUGGACUAAGAAUUGAGGCAAUGCAGUUUCAAGAAAUGCUCCUGUAAUCAGCCCCCCACCCCCACCCCCUUGUCAGCUUUCUAGCGGUUUCAUGACUGGGUUGGUACUUCAGCAUGCUAGGCUGAGCUUAGCUUCUGUCUUUGGUGAAGUUGUUUCCCUACUCUGCAGAGGGAGCUUGUCUCUUCAGGUGUCAGAAACAUGUCUUGCCAUUGUAUGUCUUUGGAGUUGGUUUUUGAGGCCUGGCUUCUCCAGAAGUCAGCCUGUGAAUGGGGAGCCACAGUCUCCCACUAUUCUCAGGUAUGGGCCACCUGCUGGCAGUCCCCAUCCCACCUCCCAGGGCUGGGGACAGCUGCUGAGAAGGUGUAAGGGAGAGGGGUCGGUGGGUGCCUCCAGGGUCAGCUCCAGCUGCCCAGUUUCUAGUUUCCAAGUGAGUUUCCCACACAAGGUGCCAGCCCAAGCUGCAAUGUUCAGGGGCCAUGAGUAGCCCCUCAGGAAUGAGCUUGUUUGGUCCAGCUUGCUCUGGAAAGAUGCAUCUCCACAGUGCCUGCACAGCUGGGGCUGCUCUGUGGCCAGGCAGUGUAUGAGAGGAGAGCGAUCUGGGGAUGGACUGGGAGCCUUCCUGGAGGUCCUCCUUGGAACAGUGCUCUGAGUGGCGGCGGGGGGGGGG